AUGUCUGAGGUCACCGAGGGGAACAGCCUCCCUGACCAUAUGACCCCGGUGCUCGCGGGCUCCACCCCGGGCUACACCGGCAAGAAGGGGAAAUACCGCCGGGAGAAGCCCUGGGACACUGAUGACAUUGACCGCUGGAAGCCGGUCACCAUCACCGCCGAGGAGUCUUCCGGGUCCUUCCUCGAGGAGUCCUCCUUCGCCACGCUCUUUCCCAAGUACCGCGAGAAGUAUCUGAAGGAGAUCUGGCCCGAGGUGACGCGGGCCCUGGACAAGCAUGGCAUUGCCUGCGUGCUGGACCUGAUCGAGGGCAGCAUGACGGUCAAGACCACGCGCAAGGCCUUCGACCCGUUCAUUCUCUUCAAGGCGCGCGACCUGAUCAAGCUCCUGGCCCGGUCGGUGCCCUUCGUCCAGGCGGUGCGCAUCCUGGAGGACGACAUGGCCUGUGACAUCAUCAAGAUCGGCAACAUCGUCCGCAACAAGGAGCGCUUUGUCAAGCGCCGCCAGCGCCUGAUCGGCCCGGAUGGCAACACCCUCAAGGCGGUGGAACUCCUGACCCAGUGCUACAUCCUGGUCCAGGGUAACACCGUGUCCUGCAUGGGUCCCUUCAAGGGCUUGAAGGUGGUUCGCCGCGUGAUUCUCGACUGCAUGAACAACAUCCACCCCAUCUACCACAUCAAGGAGCUGAUGAUCAAGCGCGAGCUGGAGAAGGAUGAGACGCUGAAGAACGAGAAUUGGGACCGGUUCCUGCCGAAGUUCAAGAAGAACAUCGGCCGCGCCGAGGCCCCCAAGCAGAAGAAGAGCAAGAAGACCGCGUCCGGGCUGCGGGCCGAUGAGCACCUGAUGAUCAAGCGCGAGCUGGAGAAGGAUGAGACGCUGAAGAACGAGAAUUGGGACCGGUUCCUGCCGAAGUUCAAGAAGAACAUCGGCCGCGCCGAGGCCCCCAAGCAGAAGAAGAGCAAGAAGACCGCGUCCGGGCUGCGGGCCGAUGAGCCGGCCGCCGCCCCCGCGGCCGCCUCGCAUGACGGGGACUUCGUCGAGUCCGAUGACGAGUCCAACUUCAAGCAGCCCACCACCGCCGCCCCGGCCACCGGGCAGGAUCCCAAGAAGAAGGCCGCUCCCAAGCCCAAGAAGAAGGAGUACACUCCCUUCCCGGUGCCGCAGCAGCCAGAUCGGAAGAGCGUCGUGGUCGAGUCCGAUGACGAGUCCAACUUCAAGCAGCCCACCACCGCCGCCCCGGCCACCGGGCAGGAUCCCAAGAAGAAGGCCGCUCCCAAGCCCAAGAAGAAGGAGUACACUCCCUUCCCGGUGCCGCAGCAGCCGAGCAAGGUGGAUCUCGCCAUCGAGUCCGGUGAGUACUUCAUGAAGCCGGAGGAUCGCCGCCGGGCGGCCGAUGCCCGGCGCCUGGCCACCCAGGCCGAGGUCACGCAGAAGCGCAAGGCCGAGCGCAACCAGUCCUUCGAGGCCCCGGCCGAGCGGCCCGCCGCUUGGACCAGUGCCAGCUUCGAUGACGAGCUGGCGCCUCGGCAGUCGGCCGGCUCCUCGGGGGCGGCCAGCUCCAUCGAGGAGCUCCGCAAGAAGUUCCAGGCCCAGGGCGAGGCCCGGCGGAACCGGGCCAACGCCUCGGCUGCCGCGGCUGCCUCCUCUGUGGCGGACUUCGUUGACUUCGACAGUGCGGCCCCCUCGGCCAAGCGCCCCAAGCGCUCCACGGCCUACCCUGCAGCCGGCCGGCGCCGCCCGGCCAUUGCCUCACAGACCAUGACCGAGGCAUUUCCUCUGUCGAGGUUUCCGCCCUCCACGCCGGCCGGCAUGCCGAUCGCCAAGCCCUCGGCCUCGCUUCGGGAAACCAUCAUCCGCUUGGCUCUGCUCUGUGUGAGCAUCAUCAUGAAUGGGUCAUUCUUCAUUCGUUCGGAGGAUCGCGGCGGUCCGGCCAGCGUGUGGAAGAAGGCUGCCAUUGUUGCCGCCGCGGCCAGCAUCCUGCUCGCCAUCAGGCGCGCAAAUGGGGCUGCCUAA